AUGUCGACGGCUCCUGGGACCAUCGUUAGGAACUUGACAUUUCAGUCCGAAAAUCUCGGCCGAGAAACGACGAUUUUGCUCGUUUUUGAUACCGACAUGGAGGGCCUCUACGACACAAUCUACCCUGUGGUUUGGAAAGCCAUUACUUUCCCAGCGAGAGGCUCGUACAGCUAUGAUGUGACCUACACGGACAACUUCGCUUUUUCCAAAGCAGACAUCGGACAUGAUAACCUCGUUCGAACUUUCCGUCACUUCGAGCUGAAGCCAGGCCAAAAAACCACACUGUCCCUGAAAGAUAACAAUAAAACACGUUUCUCUCCACCUGUGAAUGAUAUCAAAGAUUACCUGACGGCAGAGAACGAGACUGGGUUUCUUCAGGACCUUGCAGUCGGCUUUUAUAACCCAUCAAAAGCCAUCAUGGCUAAACCUGAUCCGUUGCUCUUCUUCAAAGAAGAUGGAGAAUGGAAACAAUUGUGUAACCCAUCAAAAGCCAGCAUGACUGGGCCUGAUCCGAUGCUCUUCUUCAAAGAAGUUGAAGACGGAGGCAAGGCCACUGCUCAAUGGAAACCGGUCCUGCGCAUCUAUGUCGAAUCGGACUAUCAAGAGACCGAGGUCUUGGUCAAUGCCAUUAAAGGCACUGCCAUCUUGGAGCAAGAUCUUCGCCGACUUUUUCGGAACACGGUCUUCAACCUCAAACGGAACACGCUGACUAGACGAUUCAAACUCACGAAGACUAACCCGUAA